AUGACGUCGACACAUCUUGAUCUUGCCCCUCCUACCCAAGUCGUAGCUGCAUCUGCAGACCCCAAUUCAGAAGCGCCCAUGCCUUCGAAGGUCGAUUCUCCGUCGUCUGCACAUUCGAGCCUCUUCGACGCAUACAAAGAAGGGUCCAACGAGCAAGGCGAGCAGAUGGACUACAUCGUCGGUCAUGGUUCAGAUGUCAGUGAUGACUAUGGGAUGGCAAUUGAUUCUGACGGGGAUGAGCACACAGAUAGUCGGGAUAUAUCACAGGCAAACAAUAUGCCAGAGGCAAAGUCUCUGUCUGAUCAGAUCAAUCUACCUCUCACUGCUCCCGUGGACGCCCAUUCCGCCAAACCUGUGUCCCAACCCGGCUCCGACGCCGUCCCUACCCCUCCUAGCCCAUCCAUCCAGACAAAUGCUGCCCGACUUCAGACCCUUGAGUCUAAUAUUGGCAAUACAUUUCAGAUGUCAAACGAGACGACGGAUGCCCAAGCCUAUUCAUAUGAGGAUGUUUCGAAUGGCGGCAUUGAUAUUCAGCAACUCCUGGACAACAUCACAGCCAACGCAGAGAAGAAUGAACAAACCGCAUCUCCCGAUACUCCAUCCCCAUCCUACUUGAACCUAUCCUCCAAGCCUACCUCGGGGCUUCCUACCCACUCAAGCCUACCACCACGCCCAAAUGUCUCCCAGAAGCGUCCCUAUGAUGAUAUGCAGAAAUAUCAUGCCAACACUCCAGGUCUUCCACCAGCAGCUAGCUCGUAUAGAAAUCCUGCUGCUGCAUCUGCUGUUAUUGAUGCUGGUGCCCCUGGCACGUCUAUUGAUUCUAGAGGCGGCUUACCUCCCCCUCCAAGCGCCUCCUUCAAACCUCCUCCCCCAUCGGCAUCUAGCCCCGUUACUUCAGCCUUAAGUUCCCAAGGUAAUAGAUUGUCUGUCCCAGGACAAUCCGUGGAAUCUCAAGAUGAAGCUGACGGACUAGAUGCGAAAUGGGGUCCGGAUAUUCAAAAAUUGUAUGAUCAAUUCCUCGAAAACGAACGAAUGUAUGUGACCGAGGGACUGUGGGAUAGGUUUCCAAUUGGAUCUCGAUUAUUCAUAGGUAAUCUUCCAAGUGAAAAGGUCACUAAGCGAGAUAUUUUCCACGUCUUCCACCCAUACGGAAAGAUCGCUCAGAUAUCCAUCAAGCAGGCAUAUGGAUUUGUUCAAUUUAAUGACAGUGGGUCUUGCUAUGCAGCACUGGGUCGUGAGCAAGGCGCAGAGGUUAGAGGCAAGAGAAUGCACCUGGAAAUCUCGAAGCCGCAGAAGAACACCCGCAAAGCAGAUACCGGUGCCGUAAGACGAUCACGAUCCCCGGAUUAUAACCGUGGAGGUGAUCGGGGUGGCCGCAACGGGCAGGGUCGAAAUGUUGACCGAUAUGAUGGCCGAUCAGCUCCAGCUAUGCGUCAAGAUGAGUAUGGCCGCGCAUCGCGCAUGCGUGAUGACUACCGACCGGCUCGCCCGGCGACACCACCUCGAGGAAAUCAACGGGGCCGUGACGAAUAUGCUCCUCGCCGAGAUCCCUACGAGGGCCGCGACAGACGCCGAAGCCGAUCGCCGCUAUAUGGCAACAGAGAUGGUGGCAGGGACUCUGGGCGAUACAGAGAGCGAAGUCCGAGUCCAAGAGCUAGGGAGGUAACUGAGGACGAUGAUUUGCAGAUUCCUCACAGAGAUCCUCGGAAUAUUCCAGAUGUGCAAAUAAUUCUCGUGGAUCAACUUGAUCGUGCCUUUGUAGAUUGGGUUGAGAGGGAAAUUCGAAGCCGAGGAUUAAAAGUCGAAACUAUGCUCCUCAGCCACCGACUUUCUCUACAGACAGUCAUUGGACGACAGGUCAUCGAAGGCGUCCUCGCGAUCUCUAAAUUGGAUAUGCGAUCGCAGGUUGCAAGCAAGAUCCCCAUCCAGAUCUACCAUCGCCAGGGCGGGGUAGCUGACGCUGUUCGGUUUGACGAGUAUGAGGACGUAGACCCGGUGACUGCCGCUGAGCUUGUCCUCCGAGAGAAACAAAACCAAGCACUGCUCUUGCUUCAGCAACAACAGGCUUACCAGCAACCACAAUAUCCUCCUGUUCAAUCUCCGUACCAAGCACCCUACCAAGCGCAACAGUCUGCUCAAGCAGUUGCUCCCGUCACUGCAGCACAGAACCUCGCCAAUGUAGUCGGUCAACUCGACAACGGUACCCUCCAAAAACUCCUUGGCACCCUUCACCCGCCUCAACAAGUCAACGGCGUAGCAGCACAAGCCAACUCUGCUUUGGAUCUUGCAAAUUUGCUGGGUGGGUACACGCAGCCUCUACAGCCACAGCAGAACUACCAGCCGCCUCCUGCAGAUCCAUAUGCUAGUAUUCUGAGCAACCCAGCUCUGGCCUCGCUGCUUGGAAACGGAGCGCCGGCCUCCCAGGUGCAAGCCCAGCAAUUGCAACAGGCUCAGCAACCGCAACAACCUCAGCAGUCGGCGCAGCAGGUGCAGAAUAUCAUGGCGCAGCUUGCUAGAUUUCGUCAAUAG